CGCCCAUUAGGGAUCUCCAGACACCCAUUGGAAGGUCCUGGUAUGGAUCACAAUGGAUCACCAUCCUCCAAGAUGGUCGUCGAUAGAAACGAGGCUUGGCCUCAGCCUGUUGCGGCGGCUUUGGCUCGCAGAGGAGGCGCUCCUCUACGAGGAGUUCGCGCCGGGCUGGGAAGGCCGUUGGCGGCUGGAGGAGGAUGGGCAACUGCGGCCGGUCAGUCGUUUGGACGCAGACCUCUUUUCUCCGCACGGCCGCCUUUGGUUGCGGGGCACAUCUGGACGUUUGGUGCAUUUGCUGGAGCAGAAGCCCAGCAGCUUGCGCUUCCGGAUCGCAGUGACGGCCGAGGGCGAUUGUGCUCUAGGCCAUGUGGCCUUGCAGGAUGCUGAAGGUCGUGCCUGCGUGUGGGUCUACGUGGAGCGCAGGAGCGACUUCGUGGGAAUCCCACUUUGCUGUGUGCAUAUCAACUUAAUGGACUUCCAGCUGCCGCACCUCCCAUCAGGUCCUUCCAACUUCUUGUCGCUUUCCUUUGACCUGGAUUGGAUGCAUCAGCGUUUGCUGAACAUUCGUGUGGAUGGCCUAUUGGUCGCCGAGGAGGAGGACUUCCACCACCCUCGCUGCAGCGGCUGCGCCCAGCUUCGGCUCUUCAACAUGAGGGGGCGUGGUUGUGCCACUGCCUGGCGAGAACUCUUGCUGAAAAAGCGACAUGGCCAGUGUCCCGCAGAGUGGAUGGAGGUGCCACGCAGGGUGGAUUUGGACCUCACCAUCUCCAGCUACGAACGGGGCUGGCCUCGCGCCUCGCACGAUCCGAUCCGAUGCGUGGGAUCCAAGUGGCGACAGGUGGGCUUAGUCCCAGCUCAGCAGAUGUGGGAGGAUGAGUAUCAGCUGCAGCGCUCUAUUGGCAGUGGGUCCUUCGGUCAAGUCUUCUUGGUCCUUCACAAAGAGGAGCAGCGGGAGUACGUCCUGAAGAGCAUCGAGCUGCAAACGGCAUCGGAUGAAGGGCGUCAGCAGAUGGAACUGGAGGAUCGUUCCGGGCACCUUUGCAUAUUGAUGGAGUACUGCGAGCAUGGGGACAUCUUUACCCACCUGCAGGACUUGCGUCGCACGCAGAUACCACACGAGUCGCAGCUCUUGGAAUGGUUCACUGAGAUUGUUUGGGCACGCCAGGGGAUGGGAGUCCAGGCGCUGCAAUCGCUGCAUCAGCAGAAGAUCCUGCAUCGUGACUUGAAGACCCAGAAUAUCUUCCUGGCCGGGAGUCGGCCUCCUUUGGCCGCCAAGCUCGGCGACUUUGGAGUGGCUAAGGUGGGCCGGGCGCAGGGGAGUCGCUUGUCCUGUCUUCCACCGCGGACCUGGCUAAAACGUUUGGAGCUCAUGGUAUUUCAAGUGCUUCGUCGCCCGUUGGUGCCAGAGAGCGACGGAGGGACCAGGCAGAUUGGAACGCCCUUCUACAUGUCUCCAGCGAGAAGCCGAGAAGUCGUUCGAUUUCGCCCCACCAAAGUCAUCAAGGCAUACAGCCGAAAUCAGCAGAAGUGGAUGCGAGUUGUGGAGCAGAAUUUGGAUCCUCGGUGUGAUGUAUGGGGCUUGGGCUGCGUCUUGUAUGAGAUCGUGAAUGGUCAUCGAGUCGGGAAGCUCAUUGAUGUCAUGGAUGUGGGUGGAGGACUGGCUUUAAAGAUCAUCAAGGGCAGCUACACGCCCAUCUCAGCCAGCACGGAUACCCAGCACCAAGCUGGCAAACGAGUGCGAGAUGGGCGGAAAGGAGCGGAGAUGAAGUGUCGUUGCAGUCAAAGCACCAAGCAGCUGAUCCAGGCGAUGUUAACGAAAAAUCCCAGCCACAGGCCGUCGCUGAAAGAGAUCCUUCAUAUGCCUUUGAUCCGGUCCAAGAUCCUGCCAGCCUACAGGAGCUCGAUCGCGGCUGGAGCUGCGGACGCCAGGCCGGGUAUGGCGGGCACCUGGCUGGCUGGCGCUCAAAGCCAACGAGAUGGGGAAGAAAUGGAGGAAUUUCCAAAAGCGACCUUUGACAUCCAGGGUAAGUUGGAUGCAUCAUACCAGAAGAACAAAGAGGAGCGCCGGACGACGCGCUGCGACACCGGCGCGGCCGGUUGCCCCUUUGGCGGAACGCCUGGCACCAGCCGCGGCAGCUUCACACCGGAGGCAGCGCUUCCAGUUCGGACGCUGGUGGAAGGACAGGACUUCGCGGUCUUCCAGCGCCAUGGGGCCACUGCACGAGAGGCCUCACUGAAGGAGAUGCUGGAAACCUUGGCAUCCUCUGCUGGUAUGUGCGCCAUUUUGAUGGGUGAAGUCCAUGAUGAUGCAGUGACACAUCUCUUGCAGCUUGCAGUGCUGAAACACCUGAGGCGACAUGGCCAGCGAAGGCUAAUCCUCUCGAUGGAGAUGUUCGAAAUGGACGUGCAGGAGGUGCUCGACGAGUAUGUCUUGCACAAGGCCAUUCGUGAGGAAGACCUAUUAAUGGACUCCCGUCCCUGGGGGAACUACUUGGAGGACUACAGGCCAUUGGUCCAGUUCUGUCGAGACGAAGGCAUCCGUGUGAUUGCCGCCAACGCGCCGCGGCGCUACGUCUCGAUGGUCUCUCGGAAGGGCGAGCAGUUCUUGCGAGGGCUUGAGGCAAAUGGGUGCCGCUCUUUGCUACCUCCUUUUCCACUUCCUCUUCCCAGUCCAGCCUAUCGAAGAAAAUUCGAAGAAACCAUGUCCAUGCCCACCUUGCAGAGUGACACGGGUGGCAGCUGUCCUUUCAUCGGCUUUUCCAGCGAGGAUUUGCGAAGCGUGCGGCCUGAAACCAUGCAGGCGCAACUCCUGUGGGAUCAUGCCAUGGCAAAGUCUGUGGCUGAAGCGCUUCGAGCUGACCCGGAGGCGCCGGAAUGCGUGGUCUUGCAUUUGUGUGGCGCCUUCCAUUGCGCUCAUGGCUUGGGCAUUCCAGAAGCCUUGCCACGCUAUUGCCCUCAGCUUCAUCCGGAGGCAGAGGUGUUGCACAUGGGCCCAAAGAGGUGUCCUGAAGGCGUGACCAACAUUAUUUGUUGGCCCGGCUCCGUGGGUGCUACCCUGAAGGCGGUCCGUGGUGGCUCAGUGCCCAAACCCUUGGAAACCAUGGGCGACUGGGUCAUCAUCACCGAAGAGACCUUCCAGGAGACAAAAACCUGA